AUGCUGCGUAAUAUUGUCCUGUUCGCGGUGCUCGCAAGCCAUGCUGGUGUGAUGUUUGAGGGCGGCCAGCGCCUGGACGGCUUCCUGCUCAAUAGCGACGGCUACCUGGAGGCGAAGGCGACGAAGCGUGUAUUCGACAGCCGCGACUUCAUCACACAGCCGACGACUACGACUACGACGACCACUACAACGGCGGCCGCCACGGACGACUCCGGUACGGACACGGGCACCGAGACAGAAGGUUCCGCGGCCAGCGGACUGGCGCCGCUGCACCUGAAGCUGCGGGCGGCGCAGGUGAGUAGUGACGAGGGGAACAGGAACGACGGGAACAGGAACGACGGGAACAGCAGCAAUGAUAUCGGGAACGCCAAGAGGGGGAACAGUCCGGAAGGGAACAGCCCGGGGAGCUUCGGGCGGUUGCGCGCAGGUACUGCGUUUCCGACCUUGGCGCCGAGGGACUCAAUACCGUCAAGUCGUGCGGCCUUAGACAUGUCUGAGGAGGCGCGGAUGCAGGCGGUGCAUGCGCCACAGCCGUUGAAGGCGGGUAGUUUGGUGAAUUACUCGGAUGACAUUUUGAUUGACGUGCAACGUAACCCGAUCAAUCCGCUGUAUGUGGAUCACACGGACUACGGGAACUGGUUGCACCGACAAUGGUCGACGUACGAUUCCGGUUGGCGGAUUUCGGUGAACGUGACGAGUCGAAGUAAACGUUGUCGCGGUCUAUCUUGUCCGGCAGAGGCGGCGAGUUCGGUGGCCUCUUUGGGCGAGUGCAUUGCAAUAUCGGCGCCCGGUUGCGUGCUCAGUUAUUCGAUGGAGAUGACGCUGGACCAGAUUGUGCACGCAUGUUGUCGUGAUGAACUUGAAAGUCGCGAUUGGCAUAACGAGGGAAUCUCGUACAUCGGCAACUACACCUGGUUGCUGCCGACGCCCCGGAUCGCCAUCGAACUGGCGCAACGAGGAAACGUCACCACACGAGCACGUUUCCGACGACCUUACUACGGCGACGGCAUCCAUAAAGCAGACAUCACUGCCGGUGGCUUCGGCAUCACCAAACGCAAUGGCGUCUGCGCAGAUUACUUCAAAGACUCAAUCGGAGACUACGUAUACACCAUCGGCACACCCACCGGCUGCCAGAUUGACGACACCGGCCUCUACAUGGACUGCAACGGAGUCUCUGACCCCGCAGACGGACCCGCCUGGAAUCAAACCAACGCCGACCAACUCCUCUUCGUUGGAACCGCCCUCAAAACAAACUGCAUCUGCCUCUCCGCUCAAUAUCCUCUCGUCAACGCCACACUCACCUACGCCACUCUUGUCUACCCCAGCCCCGGCGCCGCCACACGCGACGGCUUACACGACCGCCAACUCGACUUCGGCUACAACGAAACACCCACCAUAUAG